UGGAAAAAAUACAUGUAAGUGGCAGCAAUACGCCCCCGUAGUUUGCAGCUUCUCUGACAGUCGGUUUUGUACUUGCAAAUCCAACUAUAUUGUCAUUCCUUAACAUUCGAUGUUAUGUUUGUAGAUUUUUCCAUGCUGAUGGCUAUGCAGUAGAAGUGGAGUAGACCUCCUGUCAGAAAACAUCUCCAAGGGUUUACACUUUAAAAUUACGGCAGCUCCAGAUUGGAUACAGCAUCACUUGUGAAGACUUCAGAUGAUGCCAACACUCACAAAGACUUCAGAUGAUGGCAACUAUAGAUGGACAUACAAAACUGCCAAAUAUGUAGGAGCUGAUAGCCUCGUGGGCAGUGCUCCGACACAUGGCGUGGUUGUGCUCUGGGCGACCCGAGAUCGAUUCCUGGCUCAUGAUCGACUUCUACCACAUCAUAUUUUGGCGCCCGAACAGGGACUGGAAAGAGGCUGAAGACAUCUGACUACACCUGAGGGCACACCACCCGGCUGACUACACAGAUCCAGCGCGCAUUCUAGGUGAGCAUAUUUUUGCUUAUAGUUUAAAUUUAACAUCUGUGUGGUCUGCUGGAGGUGAGUACUGGGUGUGGUUGAUGUCUAUAAAAGCUUCUCCAGUCAAAAAGAACAAUUUAAUGUGAAAUUGCAGGAGGGUAUCAGGUUUCAACGAAAUAGGUAUGAAUGGAAUGGAUGGAUGAAUGAAUAUGCAGUAAGAUACUGCCUGUAGAUUUAGUUUGUCCCAAGAGGGGACGGUGAACUGCCUGCUGUGCGCAGUGAUAUUUUUUAUUUUAUUCCGCCUGCAUGUGUGCGAAGACUGCCUGCUGUGCGCAGUGAUAUUUAUUUAUUCCGCCUGCAUGUGUGCGGAGAGGCCGCCUGCAUGUGCGCGGUGAAACUGCCUGCAUGUGAGCAGUAAGAUAUUUAUUCCGCCUGCAUGUGUGCGGAGACCGCCUGCAUGUGUGCGGUGAGACUGCCAGCAGUGAGCAGUGAGAUAUUUAUUCUAUAAGAUGUGAGGCCUAUAGAUGCGCAUAAGAAGUGAAAUCUAUGUCUUGUCUGUCUAAAUUGUCUGUGUAAGUGUCUGUGUAUCAGAAAAGCUGAAAAGAACUGAGAGAGGAGAUGGUGGGGGCUAAUUGGCCAUACGCCCAGAAAAAAGUAGCAAUUGUGUGUCUGUGAGAAAUCAUGCAUGAAAAACUGAAGAUCUAGGGAGACAGUAGGAAACUAUAAUAAAUAAUAAAUACAAAUAUCUAUUACUUAUUCUCUGGAGUAACAUUUUAGUUUAAAAAUGAGUUUAAAUACUGUUAUAAGACUUUUUGAGAAAGCUGGCUUUCAAUAAAAGAUUAUAUUAUGAAAAUAAGUACAGAAGACUGAUCUUAUUGAGACCAUAACAAAAAAUAGGUGUCAUGUGGCCUAUGAGGAUAUGUUAGUAGAUUUUAUUUUUAUAUGAGAGUAGUUUAGAGUUUAUUUUGAAACUUUUUCUUUAUUGGUUAAGUUUUUUGUUUUUAAGACUUUUCUUUUUUACAACUGAUUUACAUAAAUAAACUAUUCAGACCCAUGCUUUGAAAUCUCCCUUCCCCAAUAGUAAACCUUUACUUUAUUGUUUCACUUUGGUUUAUUUUUAGUUUGUUGAUUUUUACAAUUAAAGGUUGAGACAUUUUUCUUUUCUUUUAAUAUUUUAGAUUGAAUCAUUGAUUUUAACUUUGGAGUUUUAGAGAUUUUAUUUUAUUGUUUUAUUAUUUCAGUAUAAUGAACUUUUGGAGUUUUUAUUUUUAUUUUUUGAGAUAUAUUGACUUUUGAAGCUUGAAGUCAAGACUCUCAUUUGAUUUAAUUAUUGUUUUACUUAUUGAGUUAUUGGUUUUUGGCUUUUGGCCUUGAAGCUUUUUAAAUAUCUGAUUGUUUCAAUUUUUUGAAGCUACUGAUUUUAACUUUGAAGUUUUGAUUUUUGUUUGGUUCUGUCUCAAGUUAUUGAGAAAUUGUUUACAAGUUCGAAGAUCUGAGAUUUUUAUUACUUUCCUUUUUUGUUUCAAUUCAUUUAAUUAUUUAUUUUGAAGUUUUGAGAUUUCUUUUCAUCUAUUGAUGAUGGAAGAUUGAUUAUUUGGGAUUGAUAAUUUUGAAACUGUUCUCAUUGUCAAUUUGUGAUUAUGAAUUAAUAUUUGAAUUUCAAGAUUGAGAUUUAUUUCCCCAUUAGUGAUUUUUGCCUUAUUUUGUUUUGUUUCAGUUCACUGAGUUACCAUAUGCAUGGCUGAAGAGGGGCCGGGUCUCAAAUAUGAACGAUGUGAAGCCUUUCAGGCUAGAAUACAGACCCUAGCAAGAGUGCUGGUUGAAACUAGGGGAAUUAGUAACCACUUUUGGGAAGAAUCAACAUUCAUUGACGAAGAGGGGAGAGAGCAGAAUCUGACUGAUGAAAGGAAAGAUUGGUACUUGAAACAACUAACAGAAAUUCGAAACUUAGAUUCUGCCCAACAAGAGUGGCCUUACGUUCAGUGGAAAAAGAUAACACAAGAGUGUUGCAAAGUUGAAGUGUUGAGAUCUUUUUUGAACGAAGUCUGUAAAUACCAAUUUAAAAAGGCUAACAAACCCCCAGGCAUAUCAGCAACGACAUUGCUUAUUCAAAGAAUCCCAUUAGACCUAUUGGCAGGCAGGUACUUUGGUGUAGGACAGCUGGAGGGAUAUCCAUUGGGACAGGGACGCACUGGGCGGCUCAUUACCCAUCCUGAGCUGAGAGUCUCUGCAGAUAUCCGAUAUGUAAAUUGGUCAAACAGAGAAUUGCGUACCAAUAAUCUGGGAGAAGUAAUCCCUCAACAGUUUGUGGCGGUGACUUUGAGAAAAUUGGUAAUGGAAAUUGCCCCAGAAAACUCCAGAUCUUGGUUUGAAUUCCAGUAAAGCAAAUGAUUAAAUAAAGAAACAAAGUUGAUUUGAAAAUCAAAUAAUGAUUUAAUGAAAGAAUUAAAUAAAGAUUAAAAUGAUUUGUUAAAGAAAUAAAGUUGAUUUGAAUACCAAUAAUGAUUUAAUAAAAGAAAUUAAUUAAAAGAAAGAAGUGUUUUAUUGUGUGAAAACUAUUGCAAGAAAUUGUUUAAAAAUGUCAGUCACUCCUGUAGAUCUGUUGGGAUCCAAAUACCCAGUAUGUAAAGACUCAAUAGAAAAAAUAUCCAAAAAGUGGGCUGCAAGAACCAAAAACUUAAGAACGAUAUGGCCAGAAAGUGGUACCUUUGAUGUGACAGUGUGUGAGGAAAUGGAAGGCUUAAUAAAGAAUUAUAAACCAAAGGACAAAAACAAGAAACGUAGUGAAAAAAGAAAGGUAGAACAGGAAGUAUUGAACCUGUUCAAAAAUGAAGGAAUUAAUUUCCUGAAAAAUAUGAAAAUAAUUAGAGAAAUGAUAAAAAAGGAUGAUGAAGAGGAAAAACUUGAGAAAAUGACUCAGCCACCUCCCUAUGAACCCUUCAAAAGCCAAAUGAUAAGACAAAUGCCAGUAGUAACCAUGACAGGAGAUGUCACAAUAGAAGGGCAGGUAGAGAUAACACCCUACCCAGAGGAAGGUAAUAAGGAACCAAUCCCCCAGAGAGUAGAAAAGAGUAGGGACAGCAACAGCAAAGCCAAAAAGAAAGCCUCAGGCUGUACAUCAAAUCGAAAUGAUGAAGAACAAGAUGAAGAUGUGAUCAGCCCUUAUGCAGAAGCGCAGGAAGCAUUGUCAGAAUUAAUUAGAGGAAGGGAUGAGGUAUAUAGAGAUGCAACAGAAUUUUUGAAAAAAAUACAAGCAGACUCUGCUCGUGGUUUAGAAGUGACUUCAAAAGCCAACUCUGAAGCAAGCGAGGAAGAAGAAGAGGAGGAAGCCCAAUCUGAAGCUGGCAGUGAAAGCAGUCAUCAAGCAAGACGUUCUCCAACUAACCGAGAGACCUCAUCAGGGCAGACCUCAAGAAAUCCCAAGGAAGGAGAAUAUAAGUUCGUAGCAGGCAAAAUCUAUCUCCAAGAUUCAGAGAUCGAACCAAACCAACUAGACCAAUUAGUUUGGACACGAAAGGAAGGAGGGAGACUGAGAAAGCCUGUAGACAUAAGCACUCCUAGAAAAUGCCAGAAACAAAGUGAUGCUGCAGGGCAAUGCCCUAUCCUGAUAAAAGGGAGACAAGCGCAAUAUGUGCCAUGGGGCUCCCAAGACUUGGAUGGACUAGUUGCACGCCUGCCGGAUCUACAUGAAGGGGCGGGCAAAUGGAUCAAAAUGGUGGAGGAUGAGACCACUGGAAAACUGCUUGCACUGGGAGAUAUAAAAGCACUCCUAGCCAAAUGUGUGGGAAGUUCUAAGAUGAAUGAACUUUUAAGAGCAGCAGGCCUCCAAAAUGCAAUAAACUCACCAUUCAUGGACGGAAAUCCAUUUAAUGGAGAUAGAGCACGGAUGUGGCAGGAGCUAAGGAAUGAAUAUCCCAACCGCAUUGACCCUAGAACACUCAAAGGGGAGCAUCUGGGAGAGGAAGAGAAUCCUGCUACCUAUGUGCGAUCACAGCUAAGAAAAUGGAAGGAAGAACUGGAAAGAGAUCCCGAGGAAGACAUGGUGAUGGCAGCGCUGUUCAGAAAUGCCAUUGUUGACUCUAUGCCACCUGUGGUAAAGGCCCGACUGGAAGAUGUAGUGGGUCUGAACUCUAAGUCACAUAAAGAGUUCUGCGAUCAUGUGACCCAUGCUGUAGAACAAUACAGAAAGAACGAACAGAAACUGAAAAAUCAAGAGAAGGAACUUCAAAGAAAAUUGGUACAACUGCAGCUUGAAGAACUGGCCAGAAAGAAAAAGACGCAAGCCGUGGUCAAAGACAAAGACAAAGAAGAAGAUCAUGCAGCAAUGAUGGCUCCAGUGAACGCUCCAACACCAAUGAUGCAACAACCAGGAACAGGAAACACUGUACAGCCAGCACCUGGAAGUGGACUACAACAGCCAGCGCCUAUUGUCAUUUAUGUAAAGCCUGAACAGCAAAACAGAUUUGGGCCAAGGCCUAUGCAAGGACAAGGACCUAUGCAAGCACAACAAGGAAGACAAAACCAAGGAAGAAACCCAUGCUGGGGAUGUGGGCAACUAGGACAUAACAGAAGGGACUGUCCAAUUAACCCAUGGAACAUGGACCAGCGACAAGGUUCUCGAUGGCAAGCAGGCCGCCAACAGCGAGGCCAAUGGCAAGAUCAAAGACAACAAGGACCUAAUUGGCAAGACCAACAACAACAACCAUGGCAAAGUCAACAGCAACAGGGACCAGUCAACCAGCAACAGGGACCAAUCAACCCACAGCAGGGACCAGUCAACCCAUGGCGAGGUCCAGAUGUCGGCUACUAGGGCUGCCCAGAAGAUCCUACCGGGAGAGGUCAGCAUCCAAUGAUAACUGAGAAUGCUGAUACAGAACCUAUGCUGCAGGUUAAUAUUGAAGGCAAGAUCACACCAAUGAUGAUAGACACUGGAGCAACCUACACA